AUGAAAGCCAUCAAGGUGGUGUCCGGCGGCAAGGCCGCUGUCAUCGAUUCUCCCAUUCCCCAACUCCGACCAGACUAUGUACUCGUUAAGACUGCCGCUGUUGCAUUGAACCCCACAGACUGGAAGCACAUUGCUUUCAUGCCAGAUGUUGAAGGGUGUACUUCCGGUUGUGAUUACUCUGGUGUGGUGAAAGCCGUUGGGGCCAAUGUUACGACGCUGAAAGCCGGUGACCGUAUCGCCGGCUGGACGCACGGGGGCAACAAAACCAACAAGGAAGAUGGAUCUUUCGCCGAGUAUCUCGUAGCCAAGGAAGGCAUCCAGCUUAAGAUUCCGGACAACGUCAGCUUCGAAGACGCGGCCACACUCGGUGUAGGGAUCUCGACGAUCGGCCAAGGGUUGUACCAAUCUCUGGGACUCCCGCUGCCAAGCCACCCGAGCAGCGAGCGCUUUCCCCUUCUGAUUUACGGGGGGAGCACGGCUACCGGAGCGCUGGCUAUCCAGUUUGCCAAGCUCUCCGGGCUUGAGGUCAUCGCGACCUGCUCGCCGAGGAACUUUGAGAUGGUCAAAUCUCUGGGCGCUGAUGCAGUCUUUGACUACAACAGCCCGACGGUCGGCGCGGACAUUCGCAAGCACACCGGAAACAAGCUCUACCACGCCUUCGACUGCAUUGCCGAGGGCAAUUCCGCACAAAUCUGCGCCGACGCCUUGUCCGAUGCUCAGUCAGAUGGUGCGAAGAAGCCAGUGUACUCAGCGCUGUUGUACUGCGACUUUCCCCGCAAGGACGUGGAAGCGAAGUACACCCUCGCGUAUACGACCUUCGGCGAGGCAUUCACCAAGUCAUUUGGCCCUGGCAAUUUCCCAGCCAGCAAGGAGGACUACGAGUUUGGAAAGAUGUUCUGGAAACUCACCGAAGAGUUGCUGGCAAAGGGCCAGUUCAAGGUUCACAAUCCAGAUGUGAGAACCGGUGGGCUUGAAGGUGUAUUGGAGGGAUUGGAAGAGCUGAGGCAGGGCAAGGUCAGCGGGAAGAAACUAGUCUACAAGCUGUAA